CAUAACACACAUAAAUCUAUCUAUACCUAUAGAUUUACAAAUGAAAAAUAUUGAAUUAUGUUACUGUUCUAACUCAUUGUACCCCAAAAUAACUUACAAUAGUUUUACUGAAGAAAAAAGUUUUGAGUACCUCUUCUACCACUGCCAAUACCAACAUUUAGAAAGAAAUGGUGAAAACAAAGCAAGACAGAGUUAGGUUAGGAUGUCCCUUCACUAGUAAGAUAAAGGAGGCGUCCUUUAAACAUAUACACAAAUUCUACUUUGUAAAACAUUUUCUUUAGAUUUAAGAAUGAUGUUAAUGUAUCAUGUUCAUUUUGCUCUGCACAUCCUGAAACUGUGCCACAUUUAUUUUGGCAUGGUUACUCUAUAUAAGACUAUGGCAAGAGCCUUCUAAAUUUCGUAAAUUAUAAAUUUAUGACUGACUUUGCUUGUUGAUUGUAUAUAAAUGUACUGUUUUUUUAAAGUUACGACAGAAAUAAUGGGAAACAAGCUUAUGUCAUUAAUCUUAGCUAAGGGUCAUAUUCAUAAGUGUAAGUUUGCUAACAAAAAACCUCUUUUCUCAGUGUUUCAUAAAGAAUGUGAGCAGUACUUACAAACCAUUAAAUCCUGCACUAACAAGAAGGCUGUAAACACUGUUAAUGAGUGUUUUGUUUUAAAUGUCUUAAUUUAACUCUAUUCUAAUGUAUAAUGUAAUUUAUUUAAUUGUUUCCACGUUUGUACUUCAUAUUAAUUCAUGUACUCAAUAAGGGAAAAAAAGGAUGUCUCACUCCGAUCGACUACAUCAGUAAUAGAUUACUAUGUCUGUGCAUCUUUGGAUAUAAUUGCCUCCACUGACGCCAGCUGGUUAUUAGUCAUAUUGCGUCUCUUCCUGGGGUGAAACAAGGCUCUCAUACAGAUGUUUUUUAGUUGAGCUUCAACAAUGGAAGAGAGAGUCGGAGCUCCAACCUCAGCGCGGCUGGUCUCUGAACAAGACCAUCAAGUUCCAACCUCCUGUCCUGUGUCCAACGGCACACCUCCUCCUGAAGAUGCUUUGCUAGCAGAUGAACCACAAACCAGAGCUGACUUCUUAAAAUAUUACUGCCACCUCACCCUGGACCCAAACACAGCAUACAGAGAGCUGCUUCUGUCUGAGGGGAACAGAGAGGCCGAGCUCACGGAUUUAGUCCAGACGUAUCCUGAACACCCGGACAGGUUCUCUCACCUCUUUCAGGUGUUGUGUAAAGAGGCACUGACAGGACGCUGUUACUGGGAGGUGGAGUUUAAAGGAUCUAUAGAAAUAGCAGUGGCAUACAAAGAUCUCGCCAGGUCAGACUAUUUUAACGAGUGUGCGUUCGGGUGCAACGACAAGUCCUGGAGUUUAGACUUGAACAAAAACCAUGAAUGUUUCAGACACAAUGAUGAGGAGACUGUGGUUCCUGAGCCUCAGUCCUCCAGAGUCGGGGUGUACCUGGAUCAUAAGGCAGGUAUUCUGUCCUUCUACUGUGUGUCUGACACAAUGCUGCAGCUGAUGCACAGAGAGGAGACCACGUUCACACAGCCGCUGUACCCCGGACUGUGGAUCGCAGGCAACGCCCAGCUGUGUGACCUGGAGUAGAUAAAGGUUCACACAAUAAGUUUCCCUUCUGUCUCAUGUCAGCUUAAGUCGGUCCACUCGUCAUGUUUAACAGCAGCGGGGAUGAGCAGUAUUCCCUUCAGCAGGAGUGCAAAUGAGACAAAAUGUUCACACACAUAACAGAAAGGACAUCAGAGCUUUGAUUUUUCAUCCUUUUUUUUGAUUCAGACAUAAAUAAUCCUGUUAAUGAAGGAUUAAUCAAUUGAUUUCAUCAAAUCACAAUUACAUUUAUGUAUCCUGCAUGUGAGGUUUUGGAUUUGUUAAAAACAAGAGUUUAUAUAACUGCAAUCAAAACUGGUUCAGUAUUUAUUUGAUUUUAAUUCAGAUAUAAACAAACAGAUAACACGCAAAGUUGAUUCACUCCAGAAAAUCUUGUGGGCAGGUGCGUCGGAUCAUAAACUGUGACAUUGAAAGGACCCAAAAAAAUCCUGCACACUGUUGAUUUUUCAUUUAAUUAACAUUGUUUCAGUCCUCAGACCUUGGUCUUCCAAAGUUCCCCCAAGUCCUGUUUGGAGGUUAUAAAGUGACGACAAAUAAUCAACAGUGUGCAGGAUUUUUUGGUCCUUCAACGGAUAUAUACAAAUGAAAAUAUCAUUGAGUCACUGUCAUUGGGUACUUCAUUUAAAAAAUACAUUUUUAUACUUCUCAUACUAUCUUGUGUUUUAUAUAAAAAUAAAUAAGAUGUUAUCAUUCACAGAUAACUAAAGAACACUAUUCUCAGCUUCCUUUGACACUGUUGAUGGGUAAAUAUUUUUAAUUUUGACUGACAGGAUUAUACUGAUCAAAACAGGAGACAAGAUCAGUAUUAAGUAUUUCUACAUCAACACUAGACCAUAUUUUUUAGCUUUAGUAACAAACUACUGUGUAGUUUCAGUUAAGGACCCACCUGUACAUGUGGCAGUUUGACCAGAAACCUGGAUAAGGUUUUUACAUACCACAGUAUCAUGAUUCAGUAUUCUGAAACCAGGGCAUGAUGUUUACAUGUGCAAACAUACAACCAGACAGGCAUACUCUAAAAUCCAGAUGAUAACUAGAAUACUGGAACACAUGUAUCCACUUCCAAUCCCGAACUAAAUGUUUGAUGUUGUCAAAGAGCAGAUUUAGUGCACCUUAUUUGUUCUCUAAGCCACAACUGAGCGACAACAUGGGGACCAACUUUUUUUUUUUUUUAACACAAAUGUAAUUUGCAAUAUUUUAAGUGUCUAAUGGCACCUUGUUAUUAACUGUAUCAUGUCUUACUGUGUGUGUCACUUUCUAACUUUUUAGUUUUCCAUUUGUGUCUUAAAUCACACAUUGAAACAUGGCGUACACUUCAUUUUUCCCACUGAAAUAAAACAAUAUAGAACUAAACUGUAAAGGUUGACCUUUUCUGAGUGUACGUAAUAAAAUAAAAGAAACUGAGAAAUUAUCGAAGUGUGUUAAACCAUAGUAGCAGAGAGAGAUAAGGUCAACACCGCUCUCAUGUCUGUUCUCUAAAUGAAAAGCUACAGCCAGCAGCUGGUUAGCUUAGCUUAAAUGUUGAAAACAGUCUAGUUAUGUUGGUAACAAAAUCUGCCUAGCAGAACCUCUAAAGCUCACUAAUUAAUACGUUUUAUCUCAUUUGUGCACAAACUGAAGUGUAAAAACUGCAAAUUGUGGUUUUUACAGGGAGUAUUUAUGACAGAGCCAGGAUAGCCGUUUCUAGUCUUUGCUGAGAUAAAAGAGCAGCUGCUGGUUUCAGCUUCAUAAUUUUCACAUAGACAUAAGAAUGAUGUCAAUUCUUAUCUUCUUCUCAGGAGCGGUGACAAGACUCCAGGAAGUCACUGCUUCCAUAAAUGCUAAGCUAAGCUAAACGGCUGCUGGGUGUAACUUUAUAUUUACUGUAAAUAAAUGAGAGAGGUAUCAAUCUUAUCAUCUAUGCUUUUUGUCUUUUACCAUCUUGGGACCAUGUUGGAAAUCUUUUUUGUUUUUGUGUCUGUAAUCCAUAAAUAAAUCAUAUCUAUCUCUUGGCAAGAAAACCUGUUUGACACAGCUGGUAUGUAUCUGUUGUAGUCAUUUGAAAAAUGACAUGACAUGAACAGACAAAUGGUACACAGACAGUAUUUAAAAUAAUUUAUAGGGAUUGUGUGGAUUGUGGGCAGCUGUACAAAGUUCAAAAACAAUU